AUGGGUAAAGAUUGCCAAAAGUCGCCGGUGAAGACGGCGUUGAAGUGCUUCGUCGGUGCAUGGGGCUUCAUUAACUCGACGCUGGUCAACACCACGUCUGGCGAUAUCAUCACCCAGGACUGGGCCUACCCCGUCCCCUCCGGCAUGUCUCUGUUCACGCCUAAUGGCUACACUGCGUUGCUGGUCACCGCAAACGACACAACUCGACCCGACCUCCGACCGCAGGGGCUUGACCAAAGCAACCCAAGCUCCUCGCCUGAUUCAGAGUGGGCCAAAAUUGGCAAGUACAGCGUCGCUGGCGCUGGGCCUUUCCAUCUGUCCAACGUGACUGGCGAGAAGGGCUCCGAGGGUCCAGAGGGUGUGCAAACCGGAGAGUUCCUGACGUCUACGCUCCCGGCUCGCCUUGGUCCUUACGAGUUCACCUUCAAGUUUUACAACGACUGCGCUGCUUGGAACCUUCAUCAGGAUGUUGGGGCUGGGCUUCAGAGGGUUGCAUGGUACUACAGGCUGCCUGAUCAGGAUGAGGAUUAA